GCGAGCCGACUCGGUCUCCCCGGCGUCGCGGCCCGGGGCGUUGAGCCGGUGGACAGCGGCGGGAGGCGCGGCGUCUUGGCGAAAACGCGUCAAAAUGGAUCGGCGAAGCCGCGUCACCAAGUCUGGCCAAGCGCCGCAUCACUCCCCGGUGGCGCCUAGGAGAGAAAGGAGGCCUAGCAUGUUCGAGAAGGAGGCAUAUGCACAGAUCUUAAGAGAAAGAUUGAGAGAAUCUUUUCAUGAUGUUCAGUAUGUGGAACCUCCAUUUGACGAUUCAAUUGCUGAUAUAGGCAAAGAAUGGAAGAGUGCCCUGGCAAAAUUAAAGUUUGCUAAUUCAUAUAGAAUGGAGCCAUUGAAGAAAUUCCAAAUACAUCCAGUAGAAACUAAAAUCCAGCAGAUAUUAAAGGACAGUCUUAAAGAUCUCAAAUAUGAUGAAAAAGCCUUCUCUCAUCUAUCACUUGACUUGGCAGAUCGAGUAUUGGCAGCAGUCAAAGAAUUGGGGUACUACCGUUAUAAAUUCAUUAUAAAAGUAUUAUUUAUUCAAAAGACUGGUCAAGCAAUAAAUAUUGCCAGCAGAUGGAUCUGGGAUGUGGCAUGGGACAGCUGGGUACAAGCUAAACAUGAAACAGAGUCCUACGUGGCAUUGGUUUUGGUAUUUGCUCUCUAUUGUGAAUAGCUCAGGACUAAAACAGUUUCAUACACAUCCUUUUAAAAAUAAAUCACAUGUACAGA